GCAAAACAACAAUAUAGAAUUGACAAUUUCACGUGUAUGCUGAAAAUAAGUGAUAGUUUGUGGUCUGCGUUCCAAUCAAAACAAAUAUUAUGGAGACGUUUAAUUCGCACCCCGGCUUUUGUCCAGUAUGUGGUUCCAUCCUGCCGCCAUUAAAUACCGUAGGUCAUGUCGUCUGUUAUAAUUGCAAAAAGGAAUUUCCACCAGACGUUUUUGGGUCACAAGACGUUGAGUAUACUAUACACUUCAACAGUUACAAUCCAGAAAAGGUAUUUGACAAAACAAAAAGCUACUCGGAGGAUGAAGCGGAAGGGCCGGUUGUCGAGCGUAAAUGUCAAAAAUGUGGCAAUAUGCAAAUGUCUUAUGCUACGUUACAACUACGUUCUGCUGAUGAAGGGCAAACAGUGUUCUUUACAUGCCUUAAAUGCAAAUUUAAGGAAUCUGAAAACUCAUAACCUCAAUGGAAUUUUAUUAUUUUUCAUAAGUUUUGAUUUAAGUGGUUUUAUUGCACAAUCUGCACUACAUAUUAAAGUGUUUUUAUCGAUAGUAAAUGCAAAUACAAUAAAACGCUGUCCCUUGUUUUACUA